CUUGAAGGGAAAGAAAAAAACGCGCUUUAAUCUCUAUAUAUAACAAUAACACUUUGGGUUUUAGACUUUAGAUACGAAUCAAAAACAUUUGAGAUAAAAAUCAGAAAAGUAAAGAGACGAAAAUGGCGGAUCAACAAGCAGGAACAAUCGUCGGAGGAGUUCGCGAUAUUGAUGCAAAUGCUAAUGAUCUUCAAGUCGAGAGUCUCGCUCGUUUCGCUGUCGAUGAGCAUAACAAGAACGAGAACUUGACUCUGGAGUACAAGAGGCUCCUUGGUGCGAAAACACAGGUUGUGGCAGGAACAAUGCACCAUCUAACUGUGGAGGUGGCUGAUGGUGAGACCAAUAAGGUCUAUGAGGCCAAGGUUUUGGAGAAAGCUUGGGAGAAUCUCAAGCAGUUGGAGAGUUUCAACCACCUUCACGAUGUUUAAUCCGAUGCCCUGAGCUUUCUCUGCGGCUUGAGUGAGGUCCUUGUGUGCUCUCAGACCACGUGAUAAGAGUUCUGGUUUAACCAAGUUAACUUCUUUAAUAAGUGAAAUCCAGUCCCAUGUGUUUGAACUGGUAUUGUGUGUAUCUCUUGACUCUCGUUUGUGUAUUGCUAUUAGCAAACUCUCACUUUUUAUCUAUCUGCUUUGAUUUUACAAAACUUCAUGAUGAAGAUACAAACCAUGAGUAAAAGCUAAAGGUGAUGAGUAUCUCUAUCCCAUUUCAAAAUCAUCUUGAAAACAUCAGAUGUUCACCUUGGUAGUUCAGGUAUAUCUCAUAGUAUCAGAAAAUUGAUUCAAGAUGUAAACUUAGGUAAAUUUGGAUCAUUGUCGGGUUUUGAAAUGAUAUCGGUCUGUGUCGUUGAAAGUUUACAGUCAGUUGAUCUGGUCAUCUCCAUCAUCCUGUCUUUCUGCGGCAAACUCUACUCAUGCUUGGUUCAUGUUGCUAGGCUAGUAGGCUUCCUGCAUCCAACUGGUCUCUUUUUACUCAAUAUUUAGGCUGAGAGUGUUGUCUUCCGCACCCUUCCACCAUGAGUACCACCAUAAUUUGAUAAG